AUGGACGAGAGGCCUGUGUUCAAUCCUGGUUCAGAACUCCAGCGUGGCGAAUUCCUCCCUCCGCCUACUCCUCCACCCCUCCUGAGCCAAGCCGCCCUCCACACGCUAAUCCGACAAGGCUGGAUACCCCUUACCCUCCCGACUCACCUCAACACCCACACCGCUGCCCUCUUCAGCGAACUGAAAGCCUACUUUGCCCUGCCCACCGCUUCCAAGAGGAACAUUUACCCUCCUAAGCCCGGCACCGAGUGGGGCCACUAUGCCAUCCCGUCCGAAAAGCAGUUUCUUACCCUCCGCUGCACCGUGCACCCGGACUCAACGUUGGAAAGUACAGCGGAGCAGGUGUGGCGUGACGCCGCGACACUGCUGCACCGGAUCCUGUGCGAUGUCGCGCGCGAGAGCGACCUGCCGUGCAGCGUGUGGGAUGAUAUGCUGGACGGGACACUUUCGCUACCGAGUGACGAGGCAGACGUGUCUGGCACGCUGCUGAGGAUGUUCGAGUACGAGCCCGAGGCAGGCUACGCGGGCGAGCACACAGACUUGGGACUCUUGACCUUGUGUGUCGGAACCAGACCCGGAUUGGAGUGUCUGGAUAUGGAGGCUAGUGUCAAGCAGGGCAUGGAGAUCUGGGUAGAACCGGAAGGGCCGGUGGUGCUGGUGGGACAGACACUGAGGGGUCUAAGUGAAGGCGGAAUCAAUGCAGGGGUGCACAGGGUGAGGGCUACGAAGGAGGGUAGGCUGAGCGUGGUGUUUGCGUUGCGGCAUGGAUGGCGUAAGGAGGUAGAUCUGGGGUGGUUCGGAGGAGAAGGCAAAGUGAAGCCAAGGGAACUAUACGAAAGGUUAAAGGUGGGCGUGGUGAAUGUGAACGCAACGACACGAGUGAGAGACAAUCAGAGGGCAGAGUUGGAGAAGCUGAGGGCGAAGGAAGCGGCAGAGCAAGAGCAAAUCCGCAAGGCAACCGUUGGUAUGGGUUGA